AUGUCUUUAAGAGAUCAGUUAAAUCAAAUUGCUGAGGCUAAUGCUACAGUAGCAUUAGACAGAAAAGUAAGACAGAAAUUAUAUUCCACUUCUUUGAUCUAUAACCCUAAAACAGCUGCUACUCAAGACUUGGAAUUCAUCUUCGAAGCUGCCACAGCGGCUCUAGACGAAUUAAUAGAAUUAGAUCCAAAGUUUGAAAUUUUCACAAGAUCCAUUUUUUCUGAAUCUUCAAUGUCUAUAGAUAGAAACGUUCAGACAAAAGAAGAAAAUAAAAAUUUGGACAACGCUAUCAACGGUUAUUUAAUGUUAGCAUCAUCCAAAUGGCAUUUAACUCCAACUUUACAUGCUACUGAAUGGUUAGUUCGUCGUUUCCAAAUUCAUAUCCGCAAUGCUGAACCUCUUUUACUAUCCACUUUAAAUUAUUACCAAAGCUCCGUCUUUAAGAGAAUUUUAAAUAUCGUGAAAUUACCUCCUCUAUUUAAUCCAUUAUCAUCUUUUGUUAAAGCUGAAAAUAGACCAAGUAAUUUGACAAUUAUUAAAUUAUUUAACGAUAUGGAUUUCUUAAAAUUAUACGCAAAUUAUUUAAAUAAAUCAAUCAAACACAAGGCAACUUAUACAAAUCAAUUAUUAUUUGUAUCUUGCAGCUUUUUAAAUUUGAUUGCAUUCAAUUCAAAUAAUGAGGACAAAUUAAACCUUUUGGUACCAAUCUUACUAGAAAUAUCUGCAAAAUUAUUAGCUUCUGACUCCGCUGAUAAUCAAAUUGCGGCCAAUACAAUCCUAUCAGUUUUUGCAUCUGCUUUACCGUUAAAUAAAAAUAUUAUUUUGGCUGCCACUGAAACCAUUUUAGCCAAUUUACAUAUGGAAACAGUGAAAAAAUCUUCUUUAAUUACUAUCUUCAAAUUAUUCCAAACUUUAAAAGGCAGUGGUAAUGUUGAUCAUUUACCUAUUAAAUUGUAUAAUUUAUUCGAUAAAAAACUUGAGUUUGAUUAUGUUUUACAAUAUGUAGAAAAUCCAAACACUCCAAGUUGUGAUAAAUUUAUUAGCUCGUAUAUUAGGACAAUUAUUAGAUCCGACCACACCAAGUUGAAUUUAUUAGUUAAAUUAAUGAAAAAUUUAGCAAAACCUUUACAAAAAUAUGAAAUUAGAUUAAUCAUCACUGAUUUGAUCCAUUUAUCAGAAGUUAUAGGAGAUAAAUCUAAUUUAAUUGAAAUUUUUGAGUACCUAGUUAAAACCAAUGAAAAUUUAGUUUUGAAAUGUUUAAAGGCAUUAAAUAUGGAUGGCGAUUUGUUCGAACUUAGAUUGACUACUUCAUUAUUUACUAAGCAUGAUGAUACGAAUGAAACUACAACAAUUACAAAAGAUAUUGCAAAGGAAAAAAUUGCAGGUAAGAAUGAUUCAUUAGUACCAUUUAAAGAAUUUUUGGAUAAGAAUUCAAACCAUAUUUUCACUCAUGAAGUUUCAUUAUUUUCACAACCAGAUGAAGUUUAUUCCAAGUUGUUAUCUCUAUUUAUUGAAGCUAUUGGUAACGGUUACCAAUCUGGGUUAUUCUUGUCUUCAUUUUUCACAACUCUACAUGCAAGAUUAACAUUCUUGUUAAGAGUAUUAAUUUCACCUGCAGCACCUGUUACAUUACGUUCAAUAACUUUAACAAAUAUCUCUAAAUACAUCAAUUCUGUUGAUAAAGAUUCAAACGUUUUCACGUUGGUUCCUUGUUUAAUCUGUGCAUUAAAUGAUAUUUCUAAAAAUGUUCGAAUUGGUGUAAAGAAAAUUUUAACUCAAAUUGCAAAGAGACCUUCAUCAAAGCAUUAUUUUAUUGCUGAUAAAAUUUAUGGUGAUAAUGUUAAAUUUCCAUUAUUAAGCCCCAAGGAUUCUGAAUCUUGGCUAAAGUACUUCUUAAACGAAUAUUUGAUCGAAGAUUAUGACAUAUCUCAUUUAUUAGUUCCAAAAAACAAUGAAAAUGUGUUUUUAUUAUUUUGGGCUAAUCAAGCCCUUGUAAUUCCACUACCAUUUGCUAAAACAAUGUUGUUAAAUAACAUCUGUAAAGCUUCCAAAUCUACUUCUACGUACUCAUCAAUUUUUGAAGAUUUUAUUUCCAAUUAUUUAGAUAAGAGAUCAGAAUGGGAAUUGAAAUGCCAAAAUAAUAAAACAGAUUUCGGUGCUUUUGAAAAAGCUAUCAUUGACUUAUUUGCUCCAAAAGAAAAGAACGAAUUUAUGAUCAAUUUUUCCAUUUCAGCUUUAAAAUCAGAACAUGAAUCAUUAGCUUCAAUUGUAGCUGAAAAAAUAAUAACGGUAUUCCAAACCUUAAAAUCUCAUUUUAAGAAUAAAAUCAUUAGAGAGAUAUUAGAAGAUAGUUUAAACCCUGAACAAAGUUAUGAUGCAAUCGGUACUUUACAAUCUUUACCAUUAGAUGCUGAUGGAUUCACAUCAAUUCUAAAUGAAAACAGACUAUCUACUCAGUCAGACAUCUCUACUACAUUUAAAAGAAGACGUAGAAGUUCAUCAACUAAUAAAGCUGCUUUCCAAAAAGAGCAAGUUUCAAAAAUGGCUGAAUUACAUCUAAGAAAAUUGACUAUUAUCUUAGAAGCUUUAGAUAGAUCUAACACCAUUAUUGGCACAGAAACUUUAUUAUCUACUCUACUAUCUGUUUUAUCUGAUUUAGAAACGCUUGAUCUAGAUGGUGGGUUACCAGUCCUUUACUGUCAAGAAACCUUAUCAUCUUGUAUGAUAAACUGUAUCCAUUCUCUGAAGAAUUCAGGUGCUAAAAAAUUAUCAAAUGCUAGAGCUGAUAUCUUAGUUUCCGCAAUUAGAAAUUCCUCAUCAACUCAAGUCCAAAACAAACUGCUUUUAGUCGUUGGUGAAUUGGCUUCCUUAGACACAGAAACUGUUUUACAUUCAGUUAUGCCAAUUUUCACAUUUAUGGGGGCCCAUAGUAUUCGUCAAGAUGAUGAAUUCACCACCCAAGUUGUCACAAGAACAAUUGAAACUGUAAUCCCAGCUUUAUUAGAUGGCAAUAAAUCCAAUAUCUCAGACGAAAUUGAAUUCUUGUUAAUUAGUUUUACAACUGCUUUACAACAUGUUCCAAAACAUAGAAGAGUUAACCUAUAUUUCACAUUAAUAAAGUCAUUAAAUGCUACUAAGGCGAUCGCACCAUUUUUAUUUUUGAUAUCUCAACAUUUUUCAACUAAUACCAAUACAUUUAAGUUGGCUGAAGCAAAAACCAUUGUCGAAUUUACAAGAUCAUUUUUAACUAAAUUUGAUGUUACUGACCAAUUAAAUGGUAUUUGCAAAUAUUUCGAAAUUUAUAAAACUUUAAUUGAAGCUCAGAAAAACGUAGACUUAAAAUCAUCAUUAGAAAAUCGUGCACUAUUCACUAAUGGUAUAUUAAAUAUUCCUACUAAUGAAUUUACUUCUUUACUUCAAAAUGGAUUUGAUUUUAUUAACAAAGUUAUUCAAGAAAAUGAAAGUGACUAUUAUGAUGUACGUGGUAGUUUGAAAUUGAGAAUUUAUUCUGUUUUAUUAGAUAGCAAACUUACUUCCGACUCAGUUACUUCUAUGAAAAAUAUUUUCAGUUCAUUACUUGAAUCUAUUCUAAAGUUCAUUAAUAAAGCAAGCACUUUAUUUACCUUUGACGCACUUACUGAUGAAGAGGAUUCCUACUCUGAUAAUGAAAAUCGUGAUACUAAGGAUGAUAUUAAGCGUACUUUGUAUAAUAUUCUGGGUAAUAUUUUAAAUUUACUACCAAUUGAAGAGUUUACUUCAUCUGUUUUACCGCUACUAUCCAGCAUCGACAAUAUAGAUAUGAGAUACCAUCUAACAUUAGUUAUUAGUAAUAAAUUCGAAUAUGAAAAUGAAGAUGCCGUACCAUCUGCUAAAGUAACAAUCACAAAACUCUUAGAAAGAAUUUCAUUAGAAUCAGAAAAUGUUAACAUUCAACAAGUAUCUUUAAAUACUAUUUCUAGUCUGAUUUCUAAGUUUGAUGGUAAGAUUGAAUUACCAUUAGUAAAUGAUGUGUUAUCAAUGGGUAUUAAGGGUUUAGCUACUGAUAAGCCUGAAAUAAUUAUUUCAUCAUUAACAGCUAUUACAAAUUGUGUUCAACAAUUGGGUGUCAAGAUUAUUUCUUUUUACCCAAAGAUCGUUCCACAAUCUUUGCAAAUUUUUGCCAAAUUGGAAAAGGAUCAAAAUGCUUACUUAAGAGAACAACAACAAUUAGCCAUACUAUUAAUGCUAGCUUCUAUGAUCAGAAAACUUCCUAGCUUCUUACAGUCUAAUCUAUAUGACCUAAUGAAAGUCAUUUUCCUUUCAGAUGAAGUGAAUACUCCAAUUAGAUUAUCUAUUAUUUCACUAAUUGCUGAAAAUAUGGACUUGAAAGAAGUCUUAAAAGUUUUGAACAAGAUAUGGAACGCUAUUUUAAGUGAUUCCACAGAUUCAACUUCUAUUUCUCUCUUCUUGAGUAUGCUGGAAUCAACUGUGGAAUCCAUUGACAAGAAAUCUGCUACAAUUCAAUCUCCAGUCUUUUUCAAAUUAUUAUUGGCAUUAUUCGAGUAUAGAUCCAAAUCUUCCUUUGAUACUAAUACUAUUAGCCGUAUUGAAAGUACUGUCCACCAAAUUGUUAAUAUCUACGUAUUGAAAUUAAACGAUAAGGUAUUUAGACCAUUAUUUGCCAUUUUGGUUAGAUGGGCCUUUGAUGGUGAAGGAGUUAUCAAUACUAAUAUAACUGAAAUCGAGAGAUUGACUGCAUUCUACAGAUUUUUUUACAAUUUACAAGACAAUUUAAAGGGUAUUAUCACAUCUUAUUUCACCUAUAUUUUGGAACCAACUAAACAAUUAUUAGAUAGAUUUGUCAAUAAUACCACCGAUGAUAUUAAUCUAAGACGUUUAACAUUAAUGUCUGUAACCUCAUCUUUUAAAUAUGACAAAGAUGAAUAUUGGAAAUCUACUUCUAGAUUCGAACUAAUAUCCAAAUCUUUAAUUGAUCAAUUAUCUAAUAUUGAACAAUCCAUUGGUAAAUAUUUAGUAAAAGCUAUUAGUUCCUUGGCAACUAACAAUAACGGUGUUGAAGGACAUAACAAGAUUAUGCACAAACUAUUAGUUGAUCAUAUGAAGGCUACAUGUUCAUCUAAUGAGAAAUUAUGGGCAGUCAGAUGUUUCAAGAUGAUCUACACUAGAGUUGGUGAAAGUUGGUUACCAUUAUUACCUCAAUUGGUACCUACGAUUGCUGAAUUAUUAGAAGAUGAUAACGAAGAGGUAGAGCAUGAGGUUAGAACUGGACUUGUUAAAGUUGUUGAAAAUGUCCUUGGUGAACCAUUUAGCCGAUACUUGGAUUAA